AUAAAACCUUCUCCUGCUCUCAUGUUACAUACAUAUAUAUAUAUAAAUAUUACAGCAAGAAACCCAGAUCCCUUAAAUCCCAAACUCUCUGUCUCUCUCUCUCUCUUUCUCUUUCUCUUUCUCAUUCACACAAAGUCAUCAUCAUCUUGUAUAUUUUAUUGGGUAACCUUUUGUUUGUUCUUGUUGGAUUUAGUUUUAGAUGGAGCUUCAACUGGGUCUCGCUCUUCCAAGCAAUCCAAUCAAAGGCUUCGACUUAAACAACUUUGGUUACGAAGCUAGGGAAGUAGCAGCUGUUUCCAAACCUAUUCAUUAUGACAACAAGAAACGCAGCUUUGACCAAGCUUUUGAUGACCACAACAAUAACACUAGUCGUUCCACUGCAGCCGUGCCUCGAACGCUGCCUUUGUUCCUUUGGAACAACAACCAACCAAACCACCACGAUAACGACGACGACCCUGAUAAGCACCAAGACAACAACUCCCGCUUUACCAUUGUCAUCAAAAAUGAUGGAGAUGGUUUGGUAGGGUGGCCUCCCAUUAAGUCAUGGAGAAAGGAGGCUUGCUUCCACAACCACAACCAUGGUCACGAUCAUCGGACGGUGUGGAAUGGCUCUGGUGGUGGCAGAGGAUCAUCAAACCACCACCACUCUGCAUUCAUUAAGGUGAAGAUGGAAGGAGUGGGAAUAGCAAGAAAGAUCGACUUAAGCCUCCAUCACUCUUUCCAAACACUCGCAGACACCUUGAUGGACAUGUUUGACAAAUGUCAGAUGGAUUCAAACAAUUAUAAACUCACUUACCAAGACAGAGAGGGAGACUGGCUUCUUGCUCAAGAUGUUCCUUGGAGAACUUUCAUCAGAUCGGUGCAACGUCUCAAAUUGGUUAAGAGGAGUGAUUAAUGCAUGCAUGGGUCAUCAAAAUUUGACUGUUCUGCUCCGUAGACCCCAACAGGCUUCUUUCUUUCACAUGUAUUUUUGAAUGACCAAGACUUUGCUGUGUAAAAUAUAGAGAUAUUGUGUAGAACCCCAUCCUAAUCACUUGUAUAACUUAUGGAUCACCUUAAUUUUCCCCGCAGUAGAAGAAACAUGUUUUAUUAUAUAAAAGUAGGAGUAGCACUCUUCUUUUUCUCCUUCCGCCAAGACCCAAGACCCAAGAAUUAGAGCA